AUGACACUUUAUCCACCUCUUUCUGCAUGGUGGGAACGCCAGAAGGUCAGGGCCUGGUCACUUCAUUCCAAACCAGUCAGUCUAUGCAAACUGAAGAAAUCUGGCAUAAUUGUAGUCCAUGAAGAUCCAAUGUAUUCUAAACUCAUGACCGAUAUGCAUCAGUACUGCAAUCAUUAUGAAGUCUUGAAGUUUGGAAGCUUGAUCGAAGCUUUAACAGCCAUUAAGGAGAAAAAGGACAGCCUAAACCUCAUCAUAACAAAUGUCCACCAGUCAAAUACAGAAGGGAUUGAGAUCCUCCAGUACAUUGAAAAGCAACUUAAUAUUCCUGUCAUCUCAAUGCCUCCCAGUGAGAGCACAAGACUUGCAUCUGUAGAACUCUCUCGUGCAACUCAAUUGUAUCUUGUGAAGUCAUUGAGCGUGAGCAACUUUAAAGUCCUAUGGCAACGUGCUCAUGAAAAGGCGGCAGGCAAAGCAACCAGUGACCCAAGUGUAUCACUUGUCCAAGCGGGUGCAAUUGAAGCAAGGGUAGAGGAUACAUCAUCAUUUUUCAAAGCAUCAAGGGCUCAUCAAAAUCAAAACAGAAUAGAAGCUGGAGACAAACAUGAUAAGAGUGAGGAAAGUAGCAGAGAUGAUUUCCCAAGGGAGAGGAAACCAAGGAUUGUUUGGACUGAUUUGUUGCACAAUAAAUUCUUGGAAGCCGUUGACAUCUUGUGGCCCGACAUGGCUUUCUUAAACAAAGUACUUGAAGUUAUGAAUGUCCCAGGACUCACAAAAGAAAAUGUUGCCAGUCAUUUGCAGAAAUACAGGGCAUGCAUGAAGAGAGCUCAACAGAUGCAGUGGGCUGCUUCCUGUUAUGGCAUUAGCCUGCCAACUCGGCUCACAGAACCAUCCUUCCCCCCAAGCCUUUCUUCAAUAAUAAAUGAUCUGCAAAAUCCCAGGUUCAAGCCAUUCCAACCAUUGUUUAGCAAUAAUAACUCCAUGGCUUCCUUGGACUACUCUCGUUCAUUCCUCCGUGCAGCCUCAACAACCAGCAGCAUAUUCUCAAACUUGGGAAACAAAGAAUGGCUUACAGGGAGUAGCACUCUCAACCAAAAUCUCUUGAAGCUUGGAACUGCACCAAUCAUUUCUCCUACAGCUCCCACGCAAGUUGACCAAGGGCAUGCCCCUGAUAACACCAUCCUUCCAGGUCUGGGGCAACUCAAUCUAGGGCAUGCCCCUUUUAGCAUCAUCCUUCCCGGCAAUACGGAGAUUUCUUCUACAAGCCUAGGGCAAGGUGAAAUAAGGCAUGCCCUUUUUAACACCUUUCUUCCUAGCAAUGCAGAAAUUUCUUCUACAGGUCUAGAGCAAGUCUGCUUAGGGCAUGCCCCUGAUAGCACCAUUCUUCCUGGCAAUCUCAAAUCUGGAGGAUCAUUCAGCAAUGGCAAUCAGGUUCCAAGUUCCAGCACCAGUGGCACAGACGACCUCUUUGCAAAAGGUGGGAACUUGGUGGUCAAGGGCAGCCAGAAGGUUCUUCUUUCAGGUAAUGACGAGAACAUCAUAGACACAGCUAAUCUCCCUGCAGAAGGCAGGAAGUUCAUUGAGCUUGGGGAGAAAGAUUUUUCAGGUAAUGCUGAUAGCAUCAUAGAGAAUGCUAAUCUCCCUGUAGAAGGUGGCAAGUCCAGUGAGAAGGUUUUUCCAGACAAUGCCAAGAGCAGGAAAGAGAAGGUUUUUCCAGGCAAUGGCCAGAGCAGCAAAGAGGCAACUAAUCUUGCUGACAAUGCGGCCAAACCAGCAACAUCAUUCCCCCGCAACAACAGCCUUCUCUGCCACAAAUUCUUAGGUAUGAUGACGAAAUGCAGCUUUUUCUGGAUACAUUGGCGGCUGUGCCAGGAAGUCCAUCUGUCUUUGACAAUCUCAAUGAUUCCAUUUUCAAUGAUGACUCAGAUUGAUCUCUUCCUUCUCCAUUUCCAAUGGGCAAAGCACAACUGCCGUUAG